AUGUCUGGCACGAAAGUCGCUCUCGCCGGUGCUACUGGUAACUUAGGUCCCUCCAUCCUAAGUGCUCUCCUGGACGCCGGCUUCACAGUGACAGUCCUGUCACGCAAGGGAGGAAACUCUAGCAAAGUGCCUCAAAACUCCAACAUCACAAUCAAAGAGGUCGACUACGCCUCAGUUGAGUCCCUCACAUCAGCUCUCCAGGGUGUUGAAGUCGUCGUCUCAAACGUGGGCUCUGAAGCCCUUGGGUCUCAGAACCCCCUGAUCGACGCGUCCGUCGCCGCGGGUGUCAAGCGAUUCCUGCCUUCUGAAUUCGGCAGCAACCUUGGGAACCCCAACACUGCUGCUCUACCAGUCUUCGGAGCAAAGGUCUCCACAGCCAAGUAUCUUGAGGAAGUCGCCGCUAAGAACCCCAACUUUACCUACACGCUCGUCUACAAUGGCCCCUUCCUAGACUGGGGUAUCGCCGUUGGUUUCAUUGUAAAUGCCAAGGAUCACAAGGCGACGUUGUACAACGGCGGAGACCGUGCUUUCAGCUCCACAACACUCGCCACCAUUGGAAAGGCGGUCGUGGGAGUCAUCAAGAAGCAGGCUGAGACCGCCAAUCGCGCUGUCUAUGUCCAGGACGUCACCACUACGCAAAACAAGCUGAUCGCAUACGCGAAGGAGAAAGAUGGCAAGGACUGGGAAACCACUGUCGCUGAUACCGAGGAGAAUCGCCAGAACAGUCUCAAGGCUCUUCAGUCCGGUAAGGUCGACAAUAUCGGGGCCCUCAUGGUUGGCUUCAUCAUGAGUGCUGUCUUCCAGGAAGGAUAUGGUGGCGAGUGGUCUGCGACGUCGGACAACGAGCUACUUGGAAUCAAGGGCUACACGGAGGAAGAGCUCAAGAAGUUGGUCCAGAGUCAUCUGUAA